GCAGACCUGCGGCCAAGACGCACGACGCGCUCAGGUCUGAUGAGGAGUGGACGGAGCACGCGGCUUAGACAGUCCGUUUACUGAGAUAAAAUAAUGUUCAGCCUUAUUGUGCAUCGAGCCCAGCUGAUCUAUGUGAACAAUUCAUCUACUCCAACUGGAUAAACUGUUUUUGUUGAAGAAACCGAGAGCCCGAAAUAAGAGGAUGUGGCUGACGGGCGGAGCGGGAGUCCUUUUUGCGAUCAUCUGUGCGGUCCACUUGGCCUGCUCAGAGUCCAAAAUCAUCCACAGAAAGGCAGCCCCCAUUCCGGCCAGUGGCAGCAGCCUGGAAAAGGACAUCCAGAUUGUGAUCAAUCAAAUCUACUCUCUGUCUGAACCCAAAAGCCAGACCCGCAGCACUGACCCUCUCCCAGUCAAGGGCGUGGACCUUAACGCUUACUACAGCGUCAUGUCCAACCUGUAUGUGCUCCUGCAGCCUCUGAUGAGAGAAGGGUUCAUAGAAGAUCUCCCAAAGAUGUUAGUAUGUGUCUUAUCAGGGAAACAGGACUGCGGACUGGAGGCAGAGCUGAUCAGGGCUGUUUCCGUGGAGAUGGGUCCAACUGUUAUAGCUGCAGUGGCGUCUCUGACCAGUCCAACGUGCCCCACAGACUUUGGCACAAAUGGAGAUGCGUACAGCUUCUUCAGAGCAUAUUUUCAGAUGAGCGACUCAACCUUGGCCACUCUGGUGGGGAUACAAGAUAUUUUUUUGAACAUCCUGACUUAUUUGCCUGUAUCUGGAAACCUGGUGGAUGCAGUGAGUGGCCUAGUGGACACUCUAACCAAAUACAUAUUAGAGGUUUUGUUUUCUGUACUAGAGGUACCUGUCGAGUACAUAAAGAUAGCACUGCAAUUUGGGAUCAGAGUGCCCACACUGGACAACCAGGGGAAGUGUGAGCAUGGAGAUUUGAAGCAGCUCAUCAUGUGGGGUCUUCAUCACAACGUGAGCUGGUCUUUCGGUACAGCACUUAUUGACAUUCUUCUGGACAUCUUUCUGGCUCCAGACCAGUCCGUCUGCACAUACCCCAGUUCUAACUGCCCUGGGGUCCCUUUCCAGCGAUCGGCUCUGGACUCAAACAAAAACAUAGACAUUUAUCGCAACAUCCUACUGCAGUGUGACCACCAAAACCUGGCUGAGCUGAAUGAUACAAUUUGUCCAGAAAUUGUAUCAGGUUUGAGGAAAACACCUUCUGUCUCUGUGCUUUUGUUCUGCCAAGCGCUGAGCUCCCUAAACCCCAAACAGAUAGAGCUAGUUUGGAGCAAUGCUUGUUAUGUUUUCCAAGCUGUCAUGUCACCGCUGACAACCAGAUCAGCAGUCGAUUGCCCCAAUGUAGGCACUUUUCCUAACCCUGUUGUCAAUCCGCCUCCUACAUCUGCACCUAACCCACCACUGAGACUAGUUAGAGAAGCAACUAAUCUUAAGCAGCUUGCCUGUAAUUACAACAGCUGGAUGGACACUAUUUCAGUCGACCCUGUGAUGGUGUCUCUGUGUGGGGACAUCCAGUGGGAAGAGUUUGUGAAAAAUGUGUGUAACAAUGCUACACUAAUGAAGAAGCUGCUUUCAGAUAAUACAAAUAUUUGGUUGUACGCAUAUUGUGGGAACUCAACUGCAAACCUGGACUACAUGGUGACUGAGCACUGCCUGUAUGACCAGUGGAUGUUCCAGUCUUCAGUAAUUGAUCCAUAUCUCCUUGAUUUCUGCAUGAUACUGGACAAAGAGCGCCUCUCUCUGCUCAUAUGUCAAAAUUUAGGAUUCUUUAUGCUGUUAUUUUCCAAUCCCCUAAAUGCACAUCUCAUGCCAAACUGUUCAGAAAUACUGCCCAUGCCCCCUCCCGUCACAGAAGUAGAUGCAGUGGAUCCGUGCCAGUAUUCACGCUGGCAAGACGUGUCUCUGAUUCAUCCUAAUGUAAUCUCUCUAUGCUCUCAGUUCAAUGCAGAGGAUUUUACUAGAGAAGUAUGUGCAAACCAAACCUUUCUGAACAAACUUCUGCUCAGCAAGCAAAACGACUGGCUACGACCACAUUGUGCAAAAGCUGUUUUAGAAAUACCAUCGCCAAAUCAAGAAAACUUUAAUAUAACAGAAUGGUGCGCCUAUCAAACGUGGGCGAGUCGCUAUGUUGAUGACUCAGUGGUGGGUUUGUGUUGGCAGCAUGACCAACUGGCUUUUCAGAAAAAUGUCUGUUGCAAUGUAACAGUUUUUCAAAAGCUUCUGCAGGACCCUCGCAACACUUGGCUGCGUACAGUUUGCAAUGAUACUGAAGAAAUUGAUAAGGCUCUGCUCAUACAACAGGUUUGUAAGUAUGGUGAAUGGACCAGGCCCAUAAUUGUGGACAUGACUGAGGUAGCCGUGUGUGCAGUGGCAGACCCUAGUAACUUCAUCUCCAAAGUUUGCCUCAAUGGGACAGUUCUCAAAAACCUUCUGGCCAAUCAGGACAACACAUGGCUAAUUCAACAUUGCUCCAACCACACCAGUAAAGAGGAAAACUCUAAUGGAAGAAAUGAGACAGGCAUUGUGGGAUUCAACCCCAGAGACCAGUGUCUAUAUUUGAGCUGGAGCGUUGCACUUCCAGAUCCAGUACUGAUAACCCUGUGCUGGGAGCAUGACCAAGCUAAUUUUGUGUCUGUUAUCUGCCUUAAUUCAAAUCUUCUAUCUGUACUGUUGCAAGAACCAUACAGCGCCUGGGUGGGGUCUGCGUGUGCCUCUGCAGCUAAUGUCACUAAUACUAGACCCAGUGAACCUCAUCUCUGUUUAGCUCAAGAUCUGAUCAAGAAGUUUAACUGGACAUGCUCACUGGACCUUAUCUUAGCCUGUCAACCUGGGGCCGGACCAAAUGUGAUGAUGCAGAUGAUUGUGCGCUGUUGGUUAGAGAAUGUGAGGACCAGGAUGAGCCACCUGCUGACCCCAGAAGUGAUCGCUGUGUUGGACCAGGCUAUGAGCAUGGCUGUAGUGUCAUUGUUAGCGCUGGAGGAGAUUCAGAACACGACGUAUCAUGUGACUGAGAAUAUACGCCUCAGUAUUAUGGCGACCGUGGAGACGUUUUUCAAAAAGGAAACCGACUUUGUCAACAAGAGGGUGUUAUUGCAGUGCUUUGGGAGGGUACUCACCAGCCUCACGCAGACGCCACGAGACAUCACCCCAGACGAGUUUAACUUUUUCCAGGUAAUGUUUCACCAUUACUUAUUAUCUAUUUAUUUAGCAUCCUAUCACUGUGUACCUGUACACAAACCUAUAUAUGUGUAUACAGGAGUACUUUAA